AUGAAGUUCACCACUUUGCUCACUGGUGUAGUCGCAGGCAUGGCUUUCUUACUUGUUGGUGGUGUUGAUGCUAUUGAUGGUGUUGCUACAUACUACACUCAGCAGGGCGUUGCUGGUAGUUGUGGGGUUUAUCACUCGGACACUGACCACAUCGUCGCUCUCGGUCCAGCCUGGGGACACAACAAUAACUGCGGCCGUACCGUUACCAUUCGUCACAAGGGUACUGGUCGAGUUCUCACUGCUGUUGUCGCUGAUACCUGCCCAUCUUGCCCGCAGACAAAGCUUGACGUUUCUACCAGUGUUUACGAGUACCUCAAUGGGUUCUUGGGUCUGGACCUGAUCCCCAUUGACUGGCAUUUUAACUAA